AUGGUAGGCACUGCCACAACCCAACGUAUUCGAGCCACUGGUAGUCGGGGCAGAGCUACAGCUGGUUCAUCCAGAUGCUUUGGCAAACAGCCAUGGACAUAUACAGUCUAUACGAUUCUAUUGCUGGUAGCUUGCUCAUUGAUGCUGGUGGAUGCCAGCAUUGGUAAAACUGCAAAUGGCAUUACAGAUAUUCAGCAUCAUCUGCAGCGGCGUGCACCACCUCGCUUCCACUUGAUUCAAAAACGACAAGGUAGUGUUGGCUCUGUUACCAAUACCAUAUUCACUGGGGAGGUUUCUGUGGGCAAUGAUCGCCCUCCUUCCAAUCCUGCUGGAAGAAACGCUCCUGCUGGUUCUGGUGCAAAUGAUAAUCAGUCUGGCUCUAAUACAAACGAUAAUCGGUCUGGCUCCAGCUCCAGCUCAAGCGGUAAUCAGCCUGGCUCUGGUAUCUCGGUUCCUAAUCCUGACACAUCGGGGUCUACUACUUCUCGCCCAGCAGGAGGCAACUUUCCAAUUGCUGCUGUCCCAUUGCCAUCUGUACCAUCUGCACCAUCUACUCCUGCCACUCUUCGCUCUUCCAUCCUCCCAACCUUGCCUACAAGCGUCUCUCCCAUUAUCAGUGUUACUGUAACUCAAAUUGUUACUAGUCAGCGCCCUUCCACUAUUGCUGAGCCAGCUGCCCCUUCUCCCAUACUGGUUUCUGAGCCCUCGCCGAAUUCUGAUACAAACGCUCGUCCCACUAGAGAUCCAACUGCUGCUGCUGCUUCCUCAACUGCAGCAACUUCCAACAAGGGAUCCAAUAGUGCUGGCACCAACGUCGCCAUCAUUGGAGGUGUUUUGGGAGGUGCAGUCGUGUUUGGUAUUCUUGGCAUUUAUAUUUUUCGUAAAACAAAUCUGCAGCCAUCCAAGUCCUUCAAGCAGCGCAUCAACCCCAACUAUCGCAACUCGUUGGCAUUUCCUUCGUUUGGACGACAAGAGAUUGGUUCUGGCAGUCCCCAUAAUGAUCCUCACUCUCCAGAUAUGACUGAGCCUAGUCAUGCACAUGAUCCCCAGUACCACAAUCAUGGCACGCUAACAUCUAAUUAUUCUGGAUACUCCAAUAGUGGUGGUUAUACCAACACACCGCUGGCCGGUGCUGCUGCAUAUCAAUCUCCUGCUUCGUCUUAUGGCGGUCCACAGACCCAGAUGUCCUCAGCUGGCUAUGGCAAUGCAAAUGUGGCUCAUCAUCCUGCAGCAGCAGGUGCACAGCAUUAUCCACCUUCCAACUCCGGCUACUAUUCUAAUGCUCUUCAUUCAGCACCACCUCCAUCACAAUCCCACUAUCCUAAUGGCUACUGA